GAAUAGAGGUGGCCUUCUCCGAUCGUUCGGAGAAAUAGUCACUUCGAUAAUGAAAUACUCUCUGCUACAACUCUGAUUAUUUCUAACUUCCUGUGUAAACAAAGACACUUCUUGUGCAAGAUCCUAAACUUAAACAUAGACGACGCCCACCCAAGUCUUUCCUCCUAUUUCACCACCGGUUCUGUCGAGCAUGUGAAACUUAAGAGUUGGAGUAGAGAGCAUUCCAAUACGACGAUGAUGUCUUGAGGAAGAACAAACAACAUUAAUUUUGUCAUUUUCUAAGUACUUAUCUGUGAUGCCAAAUAUGUCUGAUGCUGAGAAGACACUGCUGCGGCAUGCGACCGACUCUCUUCAAGCUCAAGAGAGGCUCUGUUGGAAGCUGAGCCAGAAAGAUGAUACGAGUCCAGAAGUGAGAGAGAAGGCUCACUCCAGCCUCGACAUGAUGCGCUCGUUGAAAAGCAGCCUGGAAGGUUCUGACCUUGACAUUAUCACACCACGUGUGGUGGCGGAGGAGGCGGAGCUUGUGGAACUGAGGCGGCUGACAUUGAUGCACACACCCAGCUCACUCACUGAUGCUGCCAGGGACUCGCUCACCUCCCAGGUUAACGAUGCCUUGAAAGGUCAAGUGAAAAGUGUUGUGUCGGUGACCUUGUUGACCUGCCCAUGGUGGGAAGUGUCUCAACGUGAGCGAGGGGAGCAGGCCAAGCACAACAUCCUCCUCGUGAUCUUCACCUCCCACGACCAACAGUUCUUCUCUCCCGCCAACCCGCAGACCAAGGAAAAAGCCUGUGUUAUUGACCUGGGCUGGUUUUUGGCCAUAGAGUUAUCUCACUUUGGCCAGGCUUUGGGCCGCGGCCGUUCUCGUUACCUGGAGACUGUCUUCUGCCGUACAGGGGCCGAGGUGUUCUCUACGGCCGAGUGGCGGGAGCUGAGGAACUCCCUGGACUUCAAACUUGUGGCUGGCACUAAACCCUUCCUGGAGGCUUGCUUGGGCCAGGCAGUGGGAGGUGUGAGCAAAAAGAAGAAGAAUGGAGGAAUGAAGCUGAGGGAAGCCUCCACUCUGUUUGAGAUCUGCGAGUCUCUAAGACUUCUUCAGCUUGCCGACAAUGGCUUAAGAGGUCGAGGAAAUCAGCCGGAGGUCAUAGAGGACAGUUUGCCAGAGGUCGGAAAAGCGGCACUGGAGAAAAUUAAAAGCUUUUACACCCACGAACAGCCCCACAACUGCAAGCACGAGCUGUUUGAUCUCAUCAUGGCUUGGACGGCAGAGUUGAGGCCCUUGUCAAAUGCCUUGAAGCCUCAAGCAGCCAAAUCAAACCAGAACCAGGUGUCGCUUGCCAUUGGUAAAUGGAUGAUGCAAACUCGACUACAGGGAAGGGAGGUCGCUCCUUCUUCAGUCAUCGAGGAUGAGGUGAGCCACCUGGCUAGUCUGCUGACCAAGGUUGGAGGUCCUGUGGCGGCCAUGUCACCAGCAGAUGUCCUGAUGGUCGCAGUGGCAGGCAGUGCUAUGUACAACCUCAACACUCCCUCCUCGGACAUUGAUUACCUGGUUGUGUACAGGGUUCCCACACAGACGUUGCUGUCUAGUACUAGCAAAGUGACAGAGAUAGUUGAGAGCAGGGGUUUGAACCAGACAGUGGAGUAUGGAGCCUAUGAAGCCCGUACCUUUUGCGAGAUGCUGCUCAAAUGUAGUGUUGUCAUUUUGGAGCUGCUCUUUGCUGACAAUCAUGAGUACAUGAGUCCUCAGUGGAAGGAACUUGCCAAACACAGAAAGUCAUUUGUGACAGAGAAAGCCAUUCAGCAAUAUCUGGGACUUGUGAAGAACAACUUCAAGUUUAUUCGCCAGGGUCGACACCUGUCGAGUCCAAAAAGAGAUCGCAAGCUGUUUUAUCAGAUCUUCCACAAACUCCACAGUGUGGAACACAUGCUGAGAGAGGACAUACCCCCAGUGAGGGUGGAUGGAGCAGUGAGAGAGUUCAUCAUGAACGUCAGAACACAGGAUGGUGGGGAGUGGAGUCGGGAGCAGUUACUAGAAAAAGCAACAUCACAGUAUCAGGCUGUGAGGGAAUCACUGUGUUCCCGGGAAUCCAGACUACCAGAAAAUGCUGACUACGAGCUUUGUACUCGCUGGCUUCUCAAUGUCAGGGGACUGUCAGAAAAAUUGUGAAGAUAAAUUUAUAUUGAUACUACUACUACUACUACUACUACUACUACUACUACUACUACUACUACUACUACUGCUUACUACUACUGCUACUGCUACUGCUACGGCCACCGCCACCGCCACCGAUAAUAUUAAUGAUUUUUAAAAUUUGCAUUUGCAAUUGGCAUUGGCUUGCAUUGUUGAUGAGAAAAUGACUUGACUGGAAAGUACUUAUAAUACGAACUUGAAGGUUUAUGUUCUUAAUUUUUAUAUCAAAGUAUGCCAUUGAUCUAACCGGUGAUACUGUCAACAUGAAUUGGUCUUUUCUUGAGCUUUGUUCAGGUGAACCCCUUUGGUUUGGAAAAAAAAGUGAGUCCUCUAAAAUGACAUCAAGUGCUGAUAAAUAUUUGUUUCUGGUCUAUCGCGAUUUUAGUUUUAAAAAUAAAUAUAUACAAAAUUUGUAGAUUGUGAAUCUUACCCUGUUUUUGUGUACGUUUAGAUCUGAUAUUGUCAACUAUAUUGAAUGCACUGCUAGUAAGAUGAAUUAGGAUCAAUGCUAUAGUUUAGCUUUGGAGAUUUGUCUAAAAAGUUGUUAGAAUUAACACCCUCUGUGCAUGUUUGCUUAUGCUUUUUCUUUUUAUCUAAACUGAAUAGUAGCAAAAACAUUGGGAGUCAUAUUAACCCUUUCGUUGCCAGGGGAUAUGGGUUCCUACUGAUUUCCAGCUGAGCUAGUUACCCAGGACAGCAGCCUAAUGUCUCAGUGCUAAUGGAUGCACUGCCUAGAUCUAGCAUUCUCAUGACAUAGUUCGGAUGCCGGGUCUUCAAUUGUUUCAUUUUUCUCACUUUUCUAAUUCACUAUUUCCUCCCAUCUUAUUCCUAAUUUUGAAUAACCUGCAAAUCUAAGUCAAAAACUGAAUUUAUUUGCUUUUUAAAAGUCAUUUUGAUGUUUACGUUUUUUUGAGGGCACGCGCGGCUGCCCGCAAGCCUAGAUCUAUAUUUAUCGAUCACUUGCAGCGUGGCGGGAAAGAAAUACUAGCAGAUUUUGUACCGAUGUGCGCAUCUUUUAUUUCCGAAUAGGAAUGUAUGCUACGUUUAUGGCUAAAACUACGUACAAAAGAAUUAGAGCCCGGUUAUUAGCGUGCGUACAUAUGUAUUGUCAUAAAUAUAGACAACCAGGAGCGACAAAUUUUGCCAACUUCCAUAAAUGUAAAUGGUUCGGCACAGCGCUAAAAGGUGAGAGUCAGGGUUCAUUUUUUAUACAAUGCAUUGACUGCUUUCUAACAUGGCAGGAAUGCAUUCUCUCUGUGCCAUUUAUUAUUGUUUUUGUACAAGGAUGUGUCUGUUGAGAUGAGUCAAGGCAGCUGUGAAUCUUGUUUUAAUAAAUGAAAAAUGAGUAUGUGUAGUGGAUUUGUCUCAUUUUAGGUAUGUUUUAUGUUUUUCAGAUACAAAAGAUUUUCUUUGUUGAUGUAGAAAAAUGUCAGAUGCAUUAUUUUUAAUUGAAUGAAUACAUUACGGGUGACUUUUUCUGGAAAAAAUCUGGAAUAGUGAAAAACCUUAGAUGUGCAAGACAUUUUGUUUCUUGUGAAGUUGUUUAUGUUAAGCAUUAUAAUAGAUGAAUUUUAGUAUUACCAAAAUUUAUACCGACAUUCUGCAAGCACUUUGUUGGUUUGUUGGUCAGCAAGUUUGUGGAACCAUUGUACUUAAAAGAUGCUGAAGGUUUUAAUUUUUAGAAUCAAAAUGUAAAAAUGGGCAGAUCUGUAGCCUACUUGCUUUUGUAUUAAAAGUGGGCAUUUGUUUAUUAUAAUAUUGUUUCCCAUACAAGAUUGCCUUUUGUUAUGAUGAUUCAAGUUUAUGUGAUUAGCUAAAUUUGUUUGAAGGUAUUUGUUUUGGCCCCUAAUUUGAUGCUGUUGAGUGUGUAUGGAUGUCUUAUUACUGUAAAGUUUUCUUUGUUUUUACUUACCUUUACUUUCUUAUUUUAUCAUUAUAAACAUCAAUGUUUUCUGUACAGUUGUGUCUUUGGAUUAGGGUUCAUUGAUUUGUCUAUUGUCAAUCAUAUUCAGGCUUUAUGCAGUGUGGCAUUUUGGUAAAGAAUGUCAAGUGAUACAGUUUAUUCCAUCACCCUCUUACACGACUUGUGCAGAAAAACUACUGUUUAAUUGUCUGAUUAAAUUAAAUCAACCUAGCCCAUUUUCUACAAAACUGGGCAUUGUAA